AUGUCCACAUCGGAGUUGCAUUCUUUAAAAGAAUCAAUCGGCCAGUUUAUUUCAAUCAAUUCAUUUUUUUCGACAAGCCGUAGCCCUGAUAUAGCAUAUGAAUUUCUCGGAAUCACAGCUAACAGUAUUACGAUUCCUCCUACUGGUUUCGAAUAUGUUUUCUUUGAAAUUGAUGCUGAUCCGAAUCUUUCUGAACGAACAAGUUCAUUUGCUGAUAUCAGUGAAUUCAGCUACUUUGAUGAAGGAGAAAUUCUUUUCAUGUUUGGCUCAAUGUUUCGAUUGAACAAUGCUCGUUGCGACUCAAAUAAUCCACAUAUAAAUUUUCUAUCUAUGUCAUUAUGUGGUAAUGAUGACGAACAAUUGAACAAUGCUUUUUCUGUUAUGAAAAAAGAAUAUCUACAAGAUGGUGCCAAAUCAAACAGUGAAGGUGAAGAGCCGACUCUCAUCUCACUGAGUAUUGUGCUGCUUAAUAUGGGAUAUUUAACUUUAGCGAAUAAAUUCUUAUCGCGAAUGUUAAAGACAUUGAAAUAUGAACUUGACGCAGUGGAUAUUGGUAAAUGUUAUCUUUACAUUGGUGAUGUAUAUCGACAGAAAGGUGAUUUUAGAAGAAGCCGAUAUUGGUAUGCAAAAGCAUUAAAAACUUUCGCUCGUGUGUUUCCCAAUGAUGAUUAUCCAAGUGUAGCAGCAACUUAUAUGAGUUUAGGCCAUUCAUACAGCAAAAUUACUGAUUGGAAACUCGCCAGUUGGUAUUAUACGGAUCUGAGAAGUGAGUAA